UCCGCGCAUUCCUCCCCCUCCUCCGUCUCCAGGGGGGCCUCCGCUGUAGGUUCCCUAGUGGAGUCCACUUUCUCUCGGGCGUUCUCCUUCCUCGUCCAAGAUGGCAACGCUAAGUGUAAACAAAAUCGGGUCUGGCGCUGGGAUGGAUGCCGGGAACAGGCACAGCCGGAAUCCGGCGGGGCCUGUUGUGAAGGUUUUGGAAUGUGGAGUCUGUGAAGAUGUAUUUUCAUUGCAAGGAGACAAAGUUCCCAGACUUCUUUUAUGUGGUCAUACUGUCUGUCAUGACUGUCUUACUCGACUUCCUCUCCAUGGUAGAGCAGUUCGGUGUCCUUUUGAUCGACAAGUUACUGAACUAGGUGAUUCUGGUGUAUGGGGAUUGAAAAAAAACUUUGCUUUGUUGGAACUCCUGGAGCGAUUGCAGAAUGGAUUAGGUGGUCCGUGUGGAACAAUUGAAGAAACUAUUGGCCUAUCCGGAGAGUGCAUUAUCCGAUGUGAUGAAGAUGAUACUCAUCUGGCUUCUGUGUACUGCACUGUUUGUGCUACUCACCUGUGUACAGACUGUUCCCACCUUACACAUUCUACAAAGACACUAGCAAAACACAGACGUGUGCCCCUUGCUGAUAAGCCACAUGAAAAGACGAUGUGUUCUCAGCACCAAGUGCAUGCCAUUGAAUUUGUAUGUUUGGAAGAAGGUUGUCAGGCCAGUCCUCUUAUGUGUUGUGUUUGCAAAGAAUACGGAAAACACCAGGGUCAUAAACACAGUAUUUUGGAACCAGAAGCAAAUCAGAUCCGCGCUUCCAUUUUAGAUAUGGCUCAUUGUAUAAGAACUUUCACAGAAGAAAUCUCAGAUUAUUCUCGGAAACUAGAUGGAAUUGUACAACAAAUAGAGGGAGGAGAACAGCUCUUCGAAGAUGGUAUAGGAAUGACCCAUACAGAACAUAUUCCAGGCACUGCAGAGAAUGCUCGGUCAUGUAUCAGAGCCUAUUUUUCUGACCUUCACGAGACUCUUUGCCGCCAAGAAGAAAUGGCACUUAGUGUGGUAGAUGCACAUGUGCGAGAGAAAUUGAUCUGGCUUAGGCAACAGCAAGAAGAUAUGACUAUCCUGUUAUCACAAGUUUCAACAGCAUGUCUUCACUGUGAAAAGACUUUACAACAGGAUGACUGUAGAGUUGUUUUGGCUAAACAAGAGAUUACAAGGCUUUUAGAAACAUUGCAGAAACAACAACAACAGUUUACAGAACUUGCAGACCACAUUCAACUUGAUGCUAGCAUUCCAGUUACUUUUACAAAGGACAACAGAGUACACAUUGGACCAAAAAUGGAGAUUAGAGUGGUGACCCUUGGAUUAGAUGGAGCAGGCAAAACUACUAUUUUAUUUAAACUAAAACAAGAUGAGUUCAUGCAACCCAUUCCAACUAUAGGUUUUAAUGUUGAGACAGUAGAAUAUAAAAACCUGAAAUUUACUAUUUGGGAUGUAGGUGGCAAACACAAACUGAGGCCUUUAUGGAAACAUUAUUACCUCAAUACACAAGCUGUGGUCUUUGUCAUUGAUAGCAGCCAUAGAGACAGAGUCAGUGAGGCACACAGUGAACUUGCCAAACUAUUAACAGAGAAGGAGCUGCGUGAUGCUUUGUUACUGAUCUUUGCCAACAAGCAGGAUGUGCCAGGGGCACUUUCAGUAGAAGAAAUCACAGAAUUACUGAAUCUCCACAAACUUUGCUGCGGUCGUAGCUGGUACAUUCAAGGUUGUGAUGCCCGAAGUGGCAUGGGACUUUACGAAGGACUGGAUUGGCUUUCAAGGCACCUGGUAGCUGCAGGUGUACUGGAUGUGGCUUAAGAGAGCCAGUAAGCAUAAAGAUUAGUUGUUUAUUUAUGUGAAUUGAUAUGAUCAGAUACGAACUUCAUCUAAACCUGUUAAUCCUUAAAAACAUUUUGUUGGAAUGCUAGACUGAAGCACAGUGUAGGUAUAACUUGUGUAAAUUACAGUAACCAAAUAGAGUGAUCUAAUGUAUUUGUGGGAAAGGUGCCUUAAUUUCUUUUAAAGAAAUUUGAACUGAGGAUCUUCAGCCUUCCCUAUUAAACAUCCUUCUCUCAGGACUUAGCAUCUAUUUAAUUCUACUUCUUUCAGUGAUGGCCUUGCUGCAUUCACUUGCUCUCGCAGACUUGGGUGCAUGUAUAACCAUUAUUUCACAUUACCAACAUAGUUUACUAUAUAUUAAAGCGAAGCAGGAACUGAUUGAACAAAUGCUUGGUUUUGGUUAAUAGCUCUUGCUCUUAAAAUUCAAGCCCAUAUCUAUACAAGUAUACUAAUAACAGUUUUCCACUUGUGCUAUAGACUUACUAUUGCUUUUAUGUAUUUCUUUUAUUCUUAUUUUACUCAAUUUGGAUGCUGCUUUUGAGGAAACUCUUCUCUGAUAUUAAAUAAUUAUACAUUUUUGCACAUAUCUAGGUAAAAUUUCCUAUAAACAUAGGAUUUUUUUGGUCUGUAUCUUGGAAAAACUGUUGUGCUGAUCAAAGACUUAUUACUGUUAUUUUGCAAAUGUGGCUUACAAAGUAUAUAUUGAGGCUGCCUAAAAUUGCAUUAACACAUGCUAAUUUUUAGAUACAUUUAGAAAUUUCUAAUGUACAAAUAUUCCAUCCAUUCAGAGUUAAGAAAGGAUUAAGUAUAAUAUCUGACAGAUUUGAAGUUACUCUGACCCGUUCAUAAAUAUAUUGUGUGCUUUAAUUGCACAUGAUGAUUUUUUAACUUGUUGAAAUCAUAUAGCCUAUUUAAUUGUGGUUAAUUUUUCUUGCACACAUUACUUGUUACUGGUGUGCUUUCGAUAAAUUAUGAGCAGCCUUGAAAAUGCAGAAAUAAAUAACAGUAGUGAAAUAGGACCUCCACUAAUGUAGUUGAGAUGAGAAGUUUAAAAAUUAAUAGUGCAGGUUGUAGCAAACAUGGAAGAUUCAACAAACCAUUUGUUCAACUCUAGAAAGGGCAGGAAAUUUUUGCCCAGAAAAAAAUGCAUUCUAAUAAAAAUGGAGAGGAAAAUGAAGGCAGUCUCUUGAAUAUUAAAAUGAUAAGAGCAGCAUUUCUCAACUUAAUUAUUUACAAAGAUGUCAAAGUUACACAUUCUCACUGUGAAUUGUGGGAAAUGUACCAGCCCAUCCAAAUAGUUUCAGCUUAGAUAAAAAGUGUCCUGACUGUUUUAUUUGCUUUUUCAAUUUUAUGUAGACUGCUUCUGCUACAUGCCUUUCUUGUUUCUUUCUCUCUUCACAUUAUUUUUUACCAAAAUUCUCUGUAGCGGUUGGGUUUUUACAUCUUUGACAGAUUGCUGUCUCUUAAAUUUCUUGUAAUAAAAAUUCAUGAAAAGCCCCUAUCCACAGAUUGUUUGUCUUCUACUAUACUUAUCUUAGUUGGGAUGUUGUUGGGAGUAAAAACAGCACUGCCUUACAGAAAAGCUACCAGUUAGAUAUGUGGCAGAUACGAUUUCGAAUUAUGUAACAAAUGUUUCAGAAUUUACAACUACCAGUCUUUGCUUAAAUUGGUACAUGGAAAUCAGACUUUCUUUAAAAGACACUGUGCCAUUGUCUUAGCAUCUUAGCAUUUUUUUAGUUGAGAUUGCAUGUCAGAAUCCCUUCUCAUUUCCUUGUCAUCUUAAUGCUUAUCAGAAUUUGGGGAUUGUUAGGCUUUACAGUUCAUUCUAAUCUGUUUAAUAUUUAAUUAUUCAAAAUCUGUUUUAUGAGGAGAUGUUGGAAAGUUGAAGAUCCUUUGGUUUUCAUUCAUAUAUGUAUGUAUGUGUGUGUGUAUACAUACAUACAUACAUACAUACAUACAUACAUACAUACAUAUGUAUGAGAGACAUGGAAACACACUAUCUCCCUACUGCCACAGACUGCACAUUUGUUUCUACUUUAAUUUGAACUAAGAUUUGCUUUUAAUUUUUUUUACUAUGAUUCUAUAAAGAUAAUCUUUCAUUUUCCCUCUUGAUAUUAGUUGGCUUAUUGAUGGAGAAAGUUCUAUGAAUUGGUAAUUUUGAUGUUUAAUAUUGUUUAAUUCUUUGACUAUGUUUUAUCAAGUAAUACACAUUCUAAGGGUCAUGCUUUACCAUGGUUAAUAAUUUCAUGCUAAUACUUGAAUUCAUUCAUUUUGACAUGCACUAAAUUUUAAGGUAAAGUUUGCUUGAUAGAGUAACUUGAAAGAGAAGUUUAUACAUAAGUAAAUGUUCAGAUUCAGAAUUCUGACUGAGUGCUAGUCAGUGGUUCUGUGUUUUAAGACUACAAACGGUGAAGCUAUAGCUAUCUUAAGAAGCAAGAAUUUCCUUAAUAAAAUGUUUCUUACUAAAGCAAUAGUUCACCAAAAGUUCAGUGACAAUUAAAUCAGGAUUUAGAUAGCAAAUAUCUAAACCAUCAUCAAUAAUAAAUGACCAAUAAAAGACCAGUUUAUCUCUUUAAAAAUGGAGUUGCUGAGGAGUCCAGAAGCUCCAUUGAUGAUUGGAAGUAUGUGGCAGAACUAGGGAAAACAAUUAGCAGUGUUGAUAGGUUGCCAGAAUCAGAACCCUAGGGAAGAUGAAACUAAGAGUUCCUUCUUGGCCUACUCAUUGAAUACAUAAAAAGGUCAGAACCUGCUGCCAUGCAUGAAGUUCAUUCAGAUUGCAAAAGGAGACAUUGUUACUUCUCUCUACUGUGAUUGACUUGAGACUUUGCUACUUGCUUCAGUAGUGCAUGGGCUGCAGUGAAGCAUCAGUCCAGAAUUUGGAUACCCAAUCAUAAGAUCCUUGUUGAAUGGUAUUCCAAAGUCUGUAGACUGUAAGUAAGGUAGUUGCAGUCAUUUACAACCUAGUCUUGACUCUGUGCUGUUUCUUUCUCUUACUUCCCUGUUAAUACUUUCCAAUUAAUACUAUUGGCACAAAGUGUGUCUGCCUCUUCAAAAUAUAAUUGAAGUGCUUGAAUCAUGUUACACAGCACAAGCAUAUGUUUGUGUGUUGUGUUGUUCGUUGGAGCUUAAUCAUAAAUAACUUUCGGGAUCAUAGUUUUAUCAGCUUAGUGAAAUAUCAGUUCAUCUUUAAAACAUAAUCAUUUCUGAAACAAGGUCAGUGAAAGAACUUUUAAAUUGUAGCCAUUGUUUUUUUUCAUAACUACUGUGUUGAAGUAGUAAGUAAUGCUGCAUAUAAUUGUCUUAAAAGUUUAAAAAAUGCUACCUAUUUGAGAUAAAAUAUUUGCCAUUGGUUCCCUCUCUUUGGGGAUAUGUUUGGAUGACAGGCAUGUUUCAGCAUUCUGUAGCAUUUAUGCAUUAAUGGAAACCUUUAAUGUAUUAAAAUAAUUGGCUAUAGAUAUCUAAAUACUAUAAAAGUAGCGAUUAUUUGCCACAAACAUUUCUUACCUGCUUCAACUCCUGUCAAAAUACACUGCAAGUUUAGAUGUGUUUAAGAGCUAGGUUGUAGGUGCAAAGCCUGUGUCUGUGAAGUAAUUUGAAAGGUUUUACUAUAUUUUACUGGUCAGACUUCUGCUACUGUAUGCCUUGCUUUUAUUUCAUUUUAAUGCUAUUAGGCUGCAUGAUACCACUUGAUAUAUAGCAGUUCAAAAGGCUGACUGUAAAUUGUUUUAUCAUUGGUUUUAAAUGCUGUUGCUUGCUUCAUGUAAAACUCUGAAGGUGUUGAUUUUAGGAGAAUGUGCAGAAAUAUUUGUUGGUUAAUAUUGACAAAGUUGAGCUCUGCUGCAAAUAUAGUGUACUUGUAUAAAAGUAUUAUUUAACUGAAAGUCACAAAAGCUACUGUGAAUAUAACUAUUAUAGUUGUCUGAAUUCAAGUUUUACCAAAAUUAGCUCUUCUUGUUUGUAUUGUAUAUAACUUGUUCAAGCAGAAAUUAAAAACUUGCUUCAUACAUCAUUGACCUUUAAUUUUCUUUAGUGUACUAAUGAGUGCAAGUUUUUAAAAUUGUUUUAGCUCCAAAGAAUUUUUAAGAGCUUCAUAUAAACUGUUUUAAGAGUGGGCUGUAUUUGAUUAAAGAUAGAUUUGUAAAAUAAUGAUACAGUAGAAUUUUGAUUAAAUGCAGUGUUCAACAAUGCUAAAGAAAGGUAUCAUAUAGUAUCAUUUAUAAAAUGAUACCAUAUGCAACGAUACCCAGUUACACAGUAGCUUAUAACUUUAUGCCAUGAGUUAUUUUCUAAUUACUAACAGGAAUAGGUCAAAGGAAGAGGAGUUAUUGCAUAAAAAUAUCCAUCUUCUGCACCUGUAAUACAUGUAAAAUAGCUCACAAAAAUAAAUAUUUAACAGUUGUGAUAGUGAAUGUAGUAAUAAAGUUAUUUCAUCCAAACUG